ACAGGAUUGCCUCACUCAAGGGACCAAAUGGAGGCUAGUGGAACCAGAGCUCAGAGCAUGAAGGGGCAUCAGGGCAGAUGGCAUGGAGACAAGGAAUGGCAUCAAAACAUGCAGGACCACCUAGUAUCUAGGCCCGAUAAUUCAUGUUUCUUAGAGCAAUUGAAGGUAAUUUGAGUGGCAAGCGAAUAGCAGUAUUACUGAACUUGGAUUUUAUAAAGGUCAACAGAUCAUAGAAGGCCAAGAUGACUGUGAGGAGGCCAUGGAAGAGUCUAUCAAUAUAUUCAGGGCUUGGCGCAAUACUCGGUCCUCUUUUAUGGCUAUUACGACAAUAAACGAACAAUUGGAUGGAUGAAUUUCAGGCUGCCGCUCUCCUAUUUUCUAGUGGGGAUCAUGUGCAUUGGAUACAGCUUUCUGGUUGUCCUUAAAGCGAUGACCAAAAAUAUUGGUGAUGAUGGGGGUGGUGAUGAUAAUACUUUCAACUUUAGCUGGAAGGUGUUCACGAGCUGGGACUACCUGAUUGGCAAUCCUGAAACAGCAGAUAACAAAUUCAAUUCUAUCGCAAUGAACUUUAAGGAAGCUAUAAUAGAAGAACGAGCAGCCCAAGUAGAAGAAAAUGUCCACUUGAUCAGAUUCCUGAGAUUUCUUGCUAACUUCUUCGUGUUUCUAACACUUGGUGGGAGUGGAUACCUCAUCUUUUGGGCUGUGAAGCGAUCCCAGGAAUUUGCGCAGCAAGAUCCUGACACCCUUGGGUGGUGGGAAAAAAAUGAAAUGAACAUGGUCAUGUCCCUCUUAGGGAUGUUCUGUCCAACCUUGUUUGACUUAUUUGCUGAAUUGGAAGACUACCAUCCCCUCAUUGCUCUGAAAUGGCUGCUGGGGCGCAUUUUUGCUCUUCUCUUAGGCAACUUGUAUGUAUUUAUUCUUGCCUUGAUGGAUGAGAUUAACAACAAGAUUGAAGAGGAGAAGCUAGUAAAGGCCAAUAUCACCCUAUGGGAAGCCAACAUGAUCAAGGCCUACAAUGCAUCACUCACUGGAAAUAGCACUGGGCCCCCCUUUUUUGUGCACCCUGCAGAUGUGCCUCGAGGACCCUGCUGGGAAACAAUGGUGGGACAGGAAUUUGUGCGGCUGACUGUUUCUGAUGUUCUGACCACCUAUGUCACAAUCCUCAUUGGGGACUUUCUCCGGGCAUGUUUUGUGAGGUUUUGCAAUUACUGCUGGUGCUGGGAUUUGGAAUAUGGCUAUCCUUCAUACACUGAAUUUGACAUCAGCGGCAAUGUCCUCGCUCUGAUCUUCAACCAAGGCAUGAUCUGGAUGGGCUCCUUCUUCGCUCCCAGCCUCCCAGGCAUCAACAUCCUGAGACUCCACACAUCCAUGUACUUCCAGUGCUGGGCCGUGAUGUGUUGCAAUGUUCCUGAGGCCAGGGUCUUCAAAGCUUCCAGAUCGAAUAAUUUCUACCUCAGCAUGCUAUUGCUCAUCCUCUUCCUGUCCACCAUGCCCGUCCUGUACAUGAUCGUAUCCCUCCCACCUUCUUUUGAUUGUGGCCCCUUCAGUGGUAAAAAUAGGAUGUUCGAAGUCAUUGGAGAAACCCUGGAGCAUGAUUUCCCAAGCUGGAUGGCAAAGAUCUUGAGACAGCUUUCAAACCCCGGACUGGUCAUCGCUGUCAUUUUGGUGAUGGUAAGGUCAUCAAUAACUGUGUCCGUGAUAAUAGAAACAGAGAACCGGAAGGGUCUUGGAAAGUUUGGCCAUCUAUUAUCUCAAUGCUACUGCAAAGGGCCAGAAGGCAGCGAAUCUGGAUUUAAUAAAGAAGAUGAAACAGCAAGCUUUGGAGAACAAAAUGCGAAACAAGAAAAUGGCAGCUGCACGAGCAGCUGCAGCUGCUGGUGGCCAGUAAGCUUUCAUAAAACUGCUAAGGGCCCUUGCUGUUUAAAAGCAAUGACUUAUGUGAAGGCCAAGAGAACAAGCACUGUGGAGCUGCUGUUCCGUGUUCUAACCCCGAUGGAUUAUCAGCAUCAUGCUGUUCAAUCAAGGCAUCACUAGUUCUAGUUUGGCAAGAAGGAUUUCCACUUUAUUCCAAAUUAAGGAUUUGUUCCUGCACUGUCACUUUCUCCGCUGAUCAUUUCCUGAUAUUUUCCUUGACAGACUGAGUUUAGAAGUGAUUAAGUAACAAACCAACAAAGUUACUGGUUUACUCUUUGGGUUAAAUUUAAAAACUUUUUGCUCACAUAAGCUUUCUUUCUAUACAUUUCUUCUGCCUUAGUUUUCUUGGCCUGAGAACAGGAAUAUUGCACCUUCUUUUUUCCUUUGAAUUCAGAAAUAUCUCCAUAAAGUAUUGUAAUCAUUCAUUAACUCACUUUUUUGAAACAAGUGUCUUGUUUCCUGUCUCCCCAUCCAUGGUCCCCACAACUAUAUACCCAAGACCUUUUUAUUUGCUGCUAGAUUCAGUAUGAAAGGGAGUGGGCUUUUUAUAAGACACAAAUCUAGUGAAUCAGGGGUCUGAUAAGCCCUGGGGCUGAAGGUCUUUCACUUUGUGAAAGUACAUGGUUCUUAGACAACCAACUCUUCAGCAGUUAAAAGAAAAAAAAAAAAAGACCGUAAGUGGUUGCUAUUCCAUCACAGUCUGAUCAGGACCUCUAAGGAUGAUAUCUCCUGAGUUUAGAUUCUAAUAUUUUACAAUUUUUCUCUGCUUUUUUUGUUGUUAGGAAAAUACACACUUUUACAAGGGCUUUAGUUUAUAGAUCUGUUUAAGUAUUAUUAUUUAUUUAAAGUUUGAAUUGACUUUGAAUAGUAAACAGUCGAUGCCCUCAGGCAGCCUUGUUAUGUAACUGCAGUCACAUCUCUUAAAUCAGUGUCUUUUUCCAGAGCUAAGCCAUUUUGCCUGCCAUUCCCUGCAGUUGACUUGCCGAUUUUUGUUACCUUGUCUUUGGGUUUUUCCUUAUUUUGGCCACAGAAUGAUUUCACUAAUCCUCUGCCAGUCCAUGGGCUCAUCAUGUCCAUUAUACAGAUUCCAGACUUACUUCCUUUGUUCAAGUUUUCUAGAUUAGCCUCCACUCCCAACUGUAUCACUCUCUAGAGUAGGUUUCCUUGGACUCUUAAUGUCUUUAAUUCAGAAUCUAUUAUUUAUAUAGAUUUUCCUGUGAUGUGUAAUGGCUCUUUAUUGUUUCUUCUAUGCAUGGAUCAUCUUUUCUACCCAGAGUGUCAGCUCCCUAUGAGCAGGGACCACAUCUUAUAAGUCUUUUGUAUGCCUAGUACAGUGCUGUGCACAGGUAGGCACUGAGUAAAUGCUUGUUAAUUACAUUGAAUCAAUUUAACUUACAGCAGUUGCAUUAUGAAACAAAAACUUCUGUUAUCUGUAUGAAAAAUGUUACUGUGAUGUAAGAAAUUGAAUUAUCUGCUGAUAUGCUUAGUUUAUUAUCUAAUGAGAUUACAACACAGAUGACUAAA